AUGCACUCUGCGGCCAGAAUGCUGAGAGUCCUCCUCCUUCUCCUUGAUGUUGGGGCCGCUCAAGUGUUAGCAACAGGCAAGACUGCUGGAGCUGAAACUGAUAUCAAAUAUGCCAUCAUCGGGACUGCUGUGGGCAUUGCCAUAUCGGCCGGGUUCCUGGCCCUGAAGUUCUGCAUGAUCAGGAAGCACAUGUUUGAUAACGAUUCCUCUGACCUGAGAAGCACAAACGUGGGCUUCAACGAGACCAUUGCACUAAAGAAGAGAGCUUCAAGGUUAAACCUCAAUUUCUCUGAAAGAAAUGCACAAGUGAUUGAGCUCUGA